AUGUUGAGCGAAUGCGUGAACUCGAAGCCUAGCAUGGCUCGCCCAGCUUUGAAAGGUGUCCUUCAAGUGCUGAGGCAAUGCCAGCAUGCGCGCAAUAUGAUCGUCAGUGGUGCAGCUCCAGGGACACAGGCAGUGUAUGACGCCAGCACCCAGCAUCUCCAGGCCAUCUGCUCGACCAGUGCUUUUGUAAGCGUUGAUGGGCAGCGAAGGGGCGUACAGGGGCCGAAUCAUACCGCCAAGUGGAUGCAGAGGAAAGACCAGAAGUCUCCACAAGAACUGAUCAGCGAAGUCCCCCCUAUCGAGAUCCUUGGAGCGGUGGCAGCCUGCCAGGGGGGCAAGGACGUUGCCCUCGGCCAUCCUGUUGAGUACAUCAAGCUAGAUAGUCAUGAACCUUCCGUCUGCAAAUAUUGUGGGUUGAGGUACAUCAUGAAGGAGGUAGGAGGUGCUUACGCCCAUUGAUGAGGAGCCACUGUUGUCAGUGUGGAUCAAUCUUUGACCGGUUAAAAUUGCAUUGGGUAUCAAUUCGAGGAACGUGGUCAUACAGCCAAUACAAGCAUCAAGCUCUUACGGUCAUGGUCAUUGCCAAUGAUGGCGAAGAGUUACAGUGGCGGUGGGGCCAACCGGAGGUGCAAUUCUUGAACAAAUUUUUUAUCCGCUCAACAAUGAUAACCUGGUUGGUCAAUCCAGGUAGAUGUGUGCG